CUCCAAGUGGACUUUGUGUUUCAUUGGGAAAGCACGCCAAAGGAUGCAAGUGUAAUCCAGGAAAAAACACAUCCUAUUGUUUCUUAGGAUCGCACACGGAUCUGUAGCCCGCACUUCUCAACGGCAGUACGAAGAAACGUACUGUACAGUGAAGCCGUAAGCAUCUGAUUUGGUGCCACCAUGAGUGGGGGAGUGAAUGUGAAAAGUCUUCCACGAGCCCAGCCGGGCUCCGGCAUUCCUCUGCACAGGACAAGACACCCCUCCCCGAAACCUGAACCCAAGAGCACCAGCAGUGGCCUUCCGAGACCGUCCACACACAUCCCCGUUAGCAACAAAACCUCCUGUAGCAGCAGCCCUACAGCUGUCUCCUCCAGAGAUAUGCUGAGGGACACCACCCUCAGAAACCAGCAUCUGCUACUAAGAGGCAGUCCACCUAGUCAACGUUCUUCCACCCAUCCUCAAACUCAGACCCAAGACUCUAGAUCAGCCCACAGCAGUCCACAAGUUCGACGGAAAGAGUCCCCACUUUUGAGGGGUGCUCUGGAUGGGUCCAAGAGUUUGCUUGAUCUUCGGUCCAACGGCAACAAGAACUUCCAGAGUGGAAUCUUUCGUUCUCAGAUGGGAAGAAUGGACAACGAUAACAGUUUGAUCUCAGAAGAACUCAAAUACCAUGAGGAGAGCGCUGCUUCUGGAAGCAGUCACAGCAAGACGGGAAUCCCUUUGUUCAGAUUUAUUAACAAAAACUUGAGGCCUGGUCCAGCAGCCACUAACGUAGAUACGGGUCUCCUCAGAGUCCGUCGAGAGAGAGUGUCCCUGCAGAACAGUGCCUCUAGUAGUUUUUCAGAUGAGGAGAUGUGCACCCCAGAUGACCUCAGCCCGGAGGUCCCACAAAAACCACCCCCCGAGACUACUGCAGUCCCAAAACAGGAAACCUCUAGUGUUGAGAGGCUCAAUGCCAAACAGUCACCGAAGGUCAAUAUGGCUGCUGUGGCACCUUUCAGAUACAGACUGCAGAUUCAGGAAGAUAUACCUCUGGAUGACUUCAGUGACUGUUCCUCUGACUCAAUAGAAGUCUGCUGUGAUGACCUCAAUACUGGAGGAAUGCUUGGGGGUAGCCCAAGAGGACAAGGAGUAGAUCUGGAGACUGAAGCUGACAAAACGUCCGAAGCCAAGACCCCCCAGGGCCAGGCGGGAGCCAACGGAGUUGGGGGCAUGGCUGCGAAAAGGGGCAAGUCAGGACUCCCACAGGCUACUCCUCGGGCUGAGCUAAAGGUCUACCGAGCUGGAAACUCUGAGGGUCAUCUUCCAGUACCUAGUAACCUGCGCAAGCAGAAGUCAUUAACCAAUCUAUGUGUGCUUACGGACGCCGAGAAGAAGAUGCACCUGUACCAGCCCAAGUGGUCGGAUGACAUGGAAAAACCAGGGGCAAGUCAGAACAAGUCAGGCAAGCUCAAAGAUGCCGGAGGGGGUACAGGCAAGGGUAUCCCACUUUCCAAGAACCUUUCAAAGUCAGAGCAUUCACUGUUUCAGGGAAAGCCAAAACCCUUUAGCCCACCUUCCAAACUGGGCAAAGCCAGUCGGAUACCUAAGGGUCCUUAUGCUGAGGUCAAACCCAUCAGCAAGGCUCAAGAGCUGGCAGAUGACGGCAAGUCAGAUGAUGAGAUCUUGUCCAGCAAGGCUAAAACGAAUGGUAAGAAAACUGUAAGUGGUACCUCAGGAGCAGCCACCCCAGGUGGGGGCAGAGGGGACAAAGAUGCACCAGAACCAGAGGAAGGGGACAAGACCUUUCUAAAGGUGGAUCCUGAACUGGUUGUAACGGUACUUGGGGACCUGGAGCAGCUUCUCUUCAGUCAGAUGUUGGAUCCCGAGUCCCAGAGGAAACGUACCGUUCAGAAUGUCCUUGACCUCCGGCAGAACCUGGAAGAUACCAUGUCCAGCUUACGGGGGUCACAGCUCAGCCACAGCUGUACUGAGAGCAGCAUGUGCUACGACAGCGAUGAGACUAAUGCCCGCAGCAUCUCUAGCUUGUCCAACCGUUCCUCCCCUCUCUUCUGGCGCCAAAGCCAGUCCAGCCCUCGGUUGCAGGCUGGUGACGCCCCCUCCUCCGGGGUCUCUGCCCACUCGCUGCCCAUCCGAGCAAUAACGCAGACCAGUCACCUGCAGCACAUCCAGCUCAUCGAGGGCCUGGACGCCGCGGACGAUGACCUGGCUGACCUCAAGUCUGUUUACCUCAGCGACGGCAACCUGACAGGCAAGAGCCAACCAGAAGAAGAGGAUGACGACGAUGAUAACGUUGAUGUAGACGUCGAUGAUGACGACCUAGCCAAUGGUUGGGAUGAAAGCAGCUCCAUCAGCAGCGGUUUGAGUGACGGUUCAGACAACCUCAGCUCAGAGGAGUUCAACGCAGGCUCUUCCCUCAACUCCCUGCCAACAACUCCCAUUGGCUCCCGACGAAACUCCGCCAUCGUGCUGCGCACUGAUGCCGAGAAGCGCUCACUGGUUGAAAGUGGCCUUUCCUGGUACAGCGAGGAGAGGAAGGCUCAGUGUAGGAACGAGGGAGGAUACGACACGGGCAGCCUUAAGGCGGAGUCUUCCAGCAAGUGGAAAAAAAGCAGAUCUCAGGAUGACACGGGUGUCAAGGGUGAGCUGAGGAAACCGCAGACGCUUGGCCACCCACCCAGCGGACUGAAGAAGAGCCGUAACCCUCCUGUAGGCGUGACUUCCCCCAUCACGCACACCUCACAGAGCAUGCUCAAAGUGCCAGGAGUUCCAAAGAACGAUCAGCGAGUCGUGGACAAAGCCAAAACGGCAGUGAAAACAUCAGGCUUACAGCGCUCCAGUUCGGAUGCAGGGAAAGAUCGUGGUGAGCACCGAAAACCCCCUUCCGGUCUUGUCCGGCCCUCCGCCAGCACGGUUCAUUCCUUUGGUUACAAGAAAUCCAUUCCAACUACCGGCACUGCCACUGUACUAACAAAUAGUGGAAGCACCAUCUCCGGAGACUCUCCUAUUGUGAACAAAACUCCUAAAACCUCUGGUAUCCCAGUGAAACCCUCUGCCGGUGGGGUAGGUGGAGGACGAAAGACCAGUCUUGAUGUGUUGAACUGUGAUCAAAGUUUCAUGGCUCCGAACGUACGCAACAACAUCCAGUAUCGUAGUCUCCCGAGACCUGCUAAGUCCAGCACCUUGAGUCUGACGGGAGGACGGCCGGGCGCUCGUCCCUUCAGCAGCAACAUGGAGGCUGGUUUGCAGGGCCUAAAAACAGUCCCCACCCCGUCUAGACUGAAGGAACCAGGCAGUGUGAAGAGCUCCCAUCGGGCCAGUACAGGAGGGUGCACUCCAGUCAACCAGACGGACCGUGAGAAGGAGAAGGCCAAAGCCAAGGCAGUGGCGUCUGAUUCUGAGUGUGGUGGAGGCAGCCUGCUAAAGAACGGCACAUUGACACCAACACAGAGCUCGCUGGAGCCUCCUUCCAAACUACUGGGACUUCGGCUGCCAUCCAGCGUGGGCAAAUAUUCAGAGCUGCCCUCUCCCAACUCUCAGAGGCCCUCCAGUGCCAGAUCUCUGCCCAAACCUGCUCACCUGGACAAGGUCAACUCCAACAGCCUGGACUUUGGGAUAAUCAGCGUGGAGGACCAGCUUCCUCCAAAAGUGCCGCCCUUCUCCAAAUUACAAGAUCUGUCAGGAAUUAGCAGCACAAGCUGUCUGACACCCAGUCCGGCUCCCAUCCUCAACGUCAACUCCUCUGAGUGUUUCUCCAGCGCCACCGUGGGCCGAGGGGGCAGCGCUGGCGGCUCUCCCUCGCUCUACCCCCGCCUCUCUGGGCUACACCGUAGCAUGGAGUCCUUGUCACUACAGAUGAGCGUGUCUCCUGCAGGGGGCAGCAUGAUGGAGCCCAGGCCCAGACAUGAGGACAGAGGGACGGAUGGUGGCUGGUCGACAGGAAGCAGAGCCUCACUCACGCUCACGACAGACAGCUCACAAAGGGACAGAAAUACUCUCCCAAAGAAAGGCUUAAGCCAGCACAUCUCCUCGCAGGCUGAGGAGGACAGUAAAGAGAGACGUCACUCGCACACUAUAGUGAGCCUGACUGAGACCAACAGUCCGCCGCAGUUCCCUUCACCCAUACUGACAGGAAAAACACCACUGACGAGCAUCAUAGCACCCAGCCCCACCUCAGGAACGCCAAGAAUGACCAGAUCCAACAGCAUCCCUGCUCACGAGGCCAGUUUUGAGCUGUAUCAGGGCUCUCCUCUGGGCAGCACCCUAUCGCUCGCCGAGCGACCCAAGAGCAUGAUCCGAUCCGGCUCCUUCAGAGACAGAGAAGCCUGCGAUGACGUUCAUGGCUCAGUGCUCUCACUGGCGUCUAAUGCCUCCUCCAGCUACUCCUCAGCGGAGGAGAGAAUACAGGGUGAGCAAAUCCGUAAGCUGAGGAGGGAGCUGGAGUCUUCACAGGAGAAGGUGGCCAAUCUGACCUCACAGCUGUCUGCUAAUGCCAACCUGGUGGCAGCGUUUGAGCAGAGUCUGACCCUCAUGACCUCUCGACUCCAGAACCUCUCCUUCGGCGCUGAGCAGAAGGACAGUGAAUUACUGGACCUUAGAGAAACAAUCGACAACCUUAAGACCAAGAACAUGGAGGCCCAGGCCGUCAUCCAUGUGGCACUCAAUAACCCAGAUAUGGCCCCUAAAGAGUUGCGAAUUAGGAGGCAGAACUCAUCCGAGAGCAUCUCUAGUCUGAACAGCAUUACCAGCCACUCCAGUGUGGGGAGCCUGAAAGACGAUGCCAAGAAGAAGAAGAAAAAGAACUGGUUACGAAGUUCUUUUGGCAAGGCGUUCAGCAUUAAAAAGGGCGCUAAAGAUGGCUCCAUGUACUCUGAUAUUGAAGAGAUCGCCACUCCAGACUCUUCUGCACCUAACUCACCAAAACUGGGUCAUGAAGAGGGAGAGAACCCGCCCACUUCCCUCCCAUCCAGCCAAUCAGCCGCUUCCUCUGUGAUCCAUGAAAGUAACGAGGAAAACGAGAGUGAUGAGAAGAUGGUGUCAGAGCUGCGGUCUGAGCUGUGGGAGAAAGAGAUGAAACUGACGGACAUCCGGCUAGAAGCGCUGAGCUCAGCACAUCAGCUGGAGCAUCUACGAGAAGCCAUGAACAACAUGCAUAGGAUGGUGGACAGUCUUAAGGCAGAGAAUGAUCAGCUGAAAACAGGAAGUGCUCCAUCAUCCCUUGUCCUCCCUUGCGGCCCACCUUCUACUUCCACCUCCCAGCCAUCUGGUCUGGCCAGCUUCCUGAACUCCAACCAAACCAAACCACCCAUGAGCCUCACCAAGUCCUUCAGCCUCAGCCUCAAUGAGUGCUCCAACACUGACAUUGCUCCUAUGGAGUUACUGAGUCUGCCAUCUCAGAGAGAUGAGGCCUUAACUCGUGUAGUGGUCCGUAUAGCUGACCAGCAAGUGUCCAGAGAGCAGGUGAGGCAGCAGGAUUUUUACAUCGGCUCUGUGAGGAUUCAUGGGAAAACGGAGUGGACUGUGUUAGACAUGGACAUUUCCACAGCUUUUGGGAACUACAUUUCGCAGGUGGAUCCCAGUGCGAGUAUGGGACUGUCUGUCGACUCUAUCCACAGUUACAUUAUUAAUCAGAGCAGGAGGGUGCUUGGAGCCGAAGCCCCAGAAAGUUCACCCUGUGACUGUUUAAAAAAGGGUCCUGGACUCAUCACUGUCACCCUUAAAGGUUUUAAGGAGAAGUGUGUGGACAGUCUGGUGUUUGAGACGAUUAUCCCCAAGCCCAUGAUGCAACACUACAUAAGCCUGCUUCUGAAGCACCGACGGCUGGUACUGUCGGGCCCCAGCGGCGCGGGAAAGACCUACCUCACCACCCGACUGGCUGAGUACCUGCUGGAGAGGAGCGGCCGUGACCCCGGCCCUGGCCUUAUCACCACCUUCAACAUGCACCAACAGACCUGCAAGGACCUCCAGUUGUACCUGUCUAAUCUGGCCAAUCAGAUUGACCGCGAUUGUGGUGCUGAGGACAUUCCAUUGGUCAUUAUCUUGGAUGAUAUCAGUGACGCGUCUUCCAUCACUGACCUGGUCAAUAGUGCACUGACCUGCAAAUAUCACAAAUGUCCUUAUGUCAUUGGAACCACCAAUCAGUCUGUUAAGAUGCCAUCCAAUCAUGGCCUGCAUCUCAGCUUCAGAAUGGUCACCUUCUCCAACAACGUGGAGCCUGCAAAUGGGUUCCUAGUGCGUUACCUGCACAGGAAGUUGAUCGAGGCUGAGGAUGAAAGCACUGUUCACAGUGCUGAGGUGCUGAGGGUUCUGGACUGGGUGCCUAAACUCUGGUACCAUCUCCAUACCUUCCUGGAGAAACACAGCACCUCAGACUUCCUCAUAGGUCCCUGCUUCUUCCUGUCUUGUCCAGUAAAGUUAGCAGAGUUUCGCUCCUGGUUUAUUGACCUCUGGAACCAGUCCAUUAUUCCUUAUCUUCAGGAGGGAGCUAAGGAUGGUGUGAAGGUCCAUGGUCAGAAAGCAGCAUGGGAGGAUCCAGUGGAGUGGGUGAGGGAUACGCUGCCCUGGCCUUCAGCUCAACAGGACCAGGCCAAACUCUUUCACCUCCCUCCGCCAACCACCGGCCCCAACACUGCUCCAACACAGCAGCCUAGUGACGACAGGGUCACAUCCAACAAGGACACAUCUCUGCCCACAAUGGAGUCCGAUCCACUGAUGGCGAUUCUGUUGAAACUCCAGGAAUCUGCCAACUACAUUGAAACACCCGAACGGGAUAUUUCAGGCAACCCCACUUUCUAGGCUGAGCUAAAUGACUUGAGAGCUUCCUAAUGGCUAGGGCUGUUACAAAACACUGUUCUGUACAGCUGAUUUGCACCUCCUGUCUCCUUCAAAAGGUUUGUGAGAGUCAAGAAGAGGAACUGUCAAGAACAUCCAUGCCAAGAAGUCUGAAAGAAAAACUAAAGAACUGAUCCUGCCAGAUCUGAGCGAGAAUCUUUUUUGCACUGUUGUCUUAACCAGACCUUCCUUUGCUUAUUUAACCUGCAAGUUGCAUGGCAAUACUUGCAACUGGGGAUUGUGAAGAUUGGAUUAUUGUGAAGAUGAAAUGUUCUUGUCUGUCAUACUGGGAACAAAAUUUGCUCCACAUUUGUUCGAUAUUACUUUUGUUUUGGGUAAUAUCUGACCAUAUGGACCAAAAUCUAUUUAUUCUUGUUUGCAAAAGUACCGACAUUCCAUCCUCAAAAUCAAGUUGCCUGAACCCUGUACACAAAGGUGCGGUUACAUUUAGACCAACUCGCAUGGAUGCAAAACAUAACGUACAAGAUGGUGCUUAGAAUUCAGCCUUAAAUGAUGUCCCUCCAUAUAUCAUUAAGUCAGUCCCAUAGCAAUCUGAUUAUUACUCUAUAUUACCUCACAGUUUGCAUAGUGAUGCAGUUUUAAGGUGCAGUAUAUACCCAUAACCAGGUUGCAUUCAUUCCUAUCAAACACACAGACAUCGGACAGAUGUAGACUGUAGAUCUCUGAGAGGAUGCACUUUGAUUCUUAGCUUUCAAUCAAGAGCACUUACUGGUUGUUCAAGGUUUGUAGGUUGUUCGUUUCAAUGGUGAUUUGCAGCAACAAAGCAACCAAAAGUCAUUUGUUUUGAGUUUGAGGCGACAUGAGCAAUAGAUACUGUUGGUGAUUGACAAAGUUCAGUUAUAUGCAAAUAUACCAAUGGGAGAACAGAAAAUGAAGCUCAUGUGAUCUGCCACCUGAUAUUGUUGGUCGUUUAUUGCCUACAAAACUUUAAGGCGGCACUUGGAGAUGCAGCAGAGCUGAGCAUGACUGCAGUAUGGCUCAUGUGAUGCACCGCCUGAUACAGUCGGAGGGCGACCUCAGGCGAUUUAAUCAUUGUCAGUAAUAACAGAGGUGCUGUUACCGGUGCACGAGAACAGUAUGCAACAUCUUACUUUCAGUAACUAUCUAUGUGCGUCCAGUGCAUUUGACCUUAUCAAGAUAAUCAAAGGCUUCUCACUGAUACUCCAAACCCACUUGGCUUUGUGCUGUAGCAUUACUGUAGCAACUAAUGUAGGCCUUGUUUCCACCUGGUAUUAACAUGCAUUUCAAAUGCAUCUAAUGUGACCUUUUGUGAUUGGAUUUUGUUGAGUCAUUCCCCUUUUAUUUUGGAAUUCUCAACAUCUCUUUUGCAAGAGCACCAAGUGUGGCAAACAAAUACCAUGGAAUGAAGGAACCCAUGUUGCGCAGCUUACAAGCGAGCGGGAAUGGAAGAAAAUGAAAAAAAAGAUAAAGAUGGCAGCUGCAAUUUGGAUCAUAAUCUCUUGUUUAUGAUGAAAUUGCUUAAGUUUUAGCUUCAGUUUGAGUCGCUUGUUUUGUGUGCUUUCUUUCAACAUGUCUCAAAACGAUCAUGUGUUAGUUAAGGGUGGGUGGCGUCUAGGCAUCCAGGACAAAUAAGAAUUUACAUUGUAUAUGUGAUGUGGUCACAUGCAUUUUUGACUACCUCCAUUUGUGGUUUCAGUGAUUCGAUCACAGUUUUAGACCCUGUUUACACCUGUAUUUAGUACCGGACACUUGUGAUCGGAUCACCAAAAACACAUGUUAAUACAAGGUGGAAACAGGGCAGUAAAUAUACUGGAUAUUGACUCCACUGCCUGAACAAAUGAAGCCAAUUUGAGCUGCUGCAAAAUAAGAUGCAGAUAGAUUGGGUUUGAAAACAGAUCAGGAUUGUUUGCAGUGUGAACAAAGCCAAAAUGGUUUAAACAAUUUAUGUCUGGAGGAGGUUUAGUCAUUUGUGUUUGGACUUUGUUAUGUCUAGAGGUUCAAUCACAUCAGUGUUCACUUACAGUUUUACACGCACUUAUGUCCUUUGGUGUUUUGUAACAAUGUAGCCAGUUUUGGAUUUAACAUUGCAUUUGUUUUUAUUUCUGGCAACUUCAAGUCACAGGACGACCCCAUAUCAGGGUCUUUUACAAACUCUCAUAUCAUUCCAGUAACAAUUGUAACACUGACAGAAUAUCUUGUAAUUCAAUUCACAUUUAAAAAAUAACAAUGGUGGAUUGCAACUCGUGAAUGCGUUUGCUAUUGGCUGAUUACAGGUGCUCCAGAUCUGUAUGUGCAUGAAAGCUUCAACUCUGAGGAACAUUAUAGCUAAAAAAGACACCAAAGGAUGUGUUGGCAACCAGUCUACAAGAGCAAAAUGAUUUUUUAACCUAAAUUACCAAACUGAAACUGAAUUUCUCAUGUAUAUGUACUAACCGGUUAGUACUAGCACUAUAGCAAUGUCAUGAAACUGUGCCGUUGUAAUCUCAGAAUGUAAAUUGGAUCAAAACUUAAGUUUGCCAACACACCUAGUGCUCUUGAUGAUGCUUGCCGCCUCUUGUGCUCGUGUUUACGUGUCCUAUUACUGUCAGAUGUAGCUCUCCAAAUGAAUAACCAGAGGAGGAUUUUUUUAAAGGUCUUUUUUGUACAUGUUUGUUUUUACUAAAGGAUCUAAGGCUGACAUUUGUAAAUAGAUUUACAAAAAAAUUGCCAAAAAAAAUACAAACAAAAAAGGUCUUGGGUAGAAUAAACAGAGCAAGGUUAAAAUAUCACAACUAUGAACUGAAUGUGUCUGGUUAGAUAUACAUUACAGCGAGGAUCGCGGUCAUCUCUCAGUUAUCGCCUUUCCUGUAGAGGCAAGUUAACUGCCACAAAGUAACUAGAUCAUGUUGCCUAUGUACAUGUUUCACUAUAAAAGUGUCCUCCGUAUUCUCUUCCGGAUCGUACAAGGUAUUGAAUGGCUUUUACGAUUGAGUUGGCCAUAACAACCCAUUAAAAAACAGUCAAAUGAAGUGCUUUAGCGGUGCUUCAGCUCACACAAGUACCUCAAAAUGUGUCUUAACAGCUCAUCGUAUGAUCGUAAACUUCCCUUAACCGCUUAAGGAUAGUUUGGGGCUUUGGGGAAGAUUGUCAUGAAAAUGUGCCUAAUAUAAGCCAACUCGUUGGACAUUGCAAUACCUAAACUAUUAUGUUUUGCAAGGGAUUGUUUGCUGUGGAGGAUAAGAAUGCGAGCGAACGUGUCAUCCUUUUUUAUGCUAGCUUAUAAAUAACAUUGAGAUUUGAGCUCGCCGGUAGUCUCGUUUCCAAAUGUCCUGGAAAUCGAGGCUGCUUUGCCAGCUAGCACAAACUAAAGCCAUUUCCCACUGUCUCUCAGAUAUAUUUGCCAUCAUAGUACAGUGUGCUUUACCAUAUCUGCUGUCUUGCAUAUGAACUGAUACAGUUUGGACAACCUAAAAUGGAGUGUCUAAGUCUUGAUUAAUUUAUUCAAUAAUUUGUUACUGUUUUACGACUAACAAUGCUGAAUGUUCAAGCAGGCACAUUAAUAAUACAAAACCUGUGCUUUAAAAACUCACUUUUUCCACUUGUUUUAGAUUAAACGGGUUCAAUAUUGUUUAGUCAAAACAGAUUCAUGAUUUGUCACUAUGCAGCGUUGGAAUAACAUUGUAGAGUUGAGGUGUUAGUACCAAUGACAGAAAACAAUGGCAUAUGUAAUAAGCUAAUGUGCAGGUUUGAUGGUGUUUUAAUGUUGAUGUGUAUCACCAUUGUUUGUCUGGAAAAACACAUUGGACCUACCAAACAAAAUCUAUGUUUUUCUUUUUGUUCUUCUUCCUCUUUUUUUCCUGCUUUCUCUUUAAUAAAUCUUUCUAUUUUGUAUAGAACAUUGCAAUUGUAAACAUUGUAAAUAGUAAACUCAUCCGCGACCACAAUCACAGUAAAAUAUGAAAAGAUCCAGCCCUAUGAUGAGGCACCUUUUGUUAUUGUUGGUUUUAUUAUUAUUUUUUGCAAACUGUCUGCUGGAAAGGGGUUAUAAAGGCAUGUGCUGAUCUGAGAGAAUUUCUUCCAUCAAAUAUUCACUCACGUUUCCAAUAAACUCGUGCCAUCCCUA